UGGCCUUGGCCUGUAAUGUCCCUCCUGCUCUCUUCACUGGUGAGGUUAUCUGCCAGUGAAUUUGGAGUGAAAACACCCUUAGCUUGGCUAUCCCUUGCUGUCUCUAUAAGACUGGUCCUUAUCCCCUCCUUCUCUUGUCUUCCUUUCAGUACGUUUGUGUUGGAUGAAUUUAAGCGCAAGUACUCCAACGAGGACACGCUGUCUGUGGCGCUGCCAUAUUUUUGGGAGCAUUUUGAUAAGGAUGGCUGGUCCCUGUGGUAUGCUGAGUACCGCUUCCCCGAAGAGCUCUCCCAGACCUUCAUGAGUUGCAACCUCAUCACUGGAAUGUUCCAGCGAUUGGACAAGCUGAGGAAGAAUGCCUUUGCCAGUGUCGUCCUCUUUGGAACCAAUAAUAGCAGCUCCAUUUCUGGAGUCUGGGUUUUCAGAGGCCAGGAACUUGCCUUUCCGCUGAGUCCAGACUGGCAGGUGGACUACGAAUCCUAUACAUGGCGGAAACUGGAUCCUGGAAGUGAGGAGACCCAGACCUUGGUUCGAGAGUACUUUUCCUGGGAGGGGGCCUUCCAGCACGUGGGCAAAGCCUUCAAUCAGGGCAAGAUCUUCAAGUGACCAUCUCUUGCCAUCGCCUAGCUGCCUGCACCUGCCCUUCAGGGAGAUAGGGGUCAUUAAAGGAAGCUGAACAUUGAA